CUCUCUUUCUUGUCUUUAUUUCGCUCAGACACGACCAUGGCUUCUGUUCGGUCGCUUGGUUCUCUGCUUCCUGUCUCGCGUUGUCCGCCACAGGUUCCACGCUCAGGCAUUGUCAUGUCUUCAAGUCUAGGUAAUCAUCCGAUCACACCAUCGUUCUUCGCGGGUCAGUCGGUGUGCCUUCCCCGAGUCGGGCCAUCAUCGAGGGUGAUUUCUUGUCGGCCAAAGCUUGGACACAUCACAAUGAUGGCGAAACCGGCGUUGCAGUUCAUCCAAGGGACAGACGAGCUGACGAUUCCGGACGUGAGGCUGACGAGGUCAAGGGACGGGAGCAACGGAGUGGCAACGUUCACGUUCGAGCAGCCGUCGGUGUUUGACUCGUCGAGUGAGGUAGGGGAGAUAACGGGACUGUACAUGAUCGACGAGGAAGGGGUUAUACAGUCUACGGACGUGAACGCAAAGUUUGUGAACGGGAAACCGGAGGGGAUAGUGGCCAAACACAUUAUGAGGACUCCCAAGGAUUGGGACAGGUUCAUGAGGUUCAUGGAACGUUACUCCAACCAGAACGGCUUGCAGUUCGUCAAGAAGUGACUCCGUUUUUUUUUUGUGAAUCCGUAAUUGCUCACAUGGUUCCUGUUUUGAUGGACAGAAAAAUGCUUUGGCCACAUCGGAAUCGAUAAUAUGAGAAUGCUUUUGUUCAUAAUAACAGACGCAGGUAAGAGUAAACAAAUUA